GAAGAAGAAGCUAGCAUACGCUAAGCUAGAAAACUGCUGCAUUGUCCCAUUCCUGCUAAUAUUUCAGCAACCAUGUCUUCAGCUCAGCAUCUCAGAGAGUUUAUCAGAGAGAGACUAACUGCUGCUGCUCAAGAAAUCUUCACCGAGGUUGAAAAAACCAUCAUUUGCUACGAGGAAGAGCUCGAUGCUCAGCGCAGGAUGAUGGGGAUCAACUGGAAACCAGAAAUUAAGCUACACAGAGUCGGUUCGGAGCUGCAGAGACAAAGUUCUGACCUCCAACAGCCAAGUGUCUCCAAUGAGGAAGAAGCUUCUGCCAUUAAACGAGUCUGGAGCCUGGCAAGUAGAUCCAGUUAUGACCAGAGACAACAUCAGUGGACUGAAGAGGAACAUAUGGAACCAGAACCAAAAUGGAUUAAAAAAGAAGAGGAGGAACCACAACCUGCACUUCUCAAACAUGAGGAAAUAGAAUAUCCACUAACAUAUGUAAGAAAAGAGGAACUAGAGUCUUCCGUGCUUCAACAUGAACAGCAGCCACUAGAACAUUUACUAACUGGACAGGACCAGAAGAACCUCUGCAGCAGUCAGGAGGGAGAGCAGCUUGUCCAGAAGCAGUUUGCUGCUUUGAUUGAGACUUCUACUCUUCAGGAAGAUGAUAUGAAUGAAGAAGAGAGAAGAACAGAGCAGCUUUCCCUUCAUAUCUCUCCAGUGAUUGAGAGAAAAGAUCAGGAAGGAAGCAGCUCCUCUGUGUCAGAGAGUCAGUCUGGUACCAGUACACAGAAAAGAUCUUUCAAAUGUGAUGUUUGUGGGAGAUGUUACACACAACAGUAUAAAUUGAAAAACCAUUACAAAACUCACACUGGUGAGAGACGUUUUUCAUGUGAAAUAUGCGGAAAAAGUUUUUUUCUAAGUUAUAUUUUAAAAUGUCACAAGACAACUCAUACAGGUGAGAGACCUUUUUCAUGCCAGUUAUGCGGAAAGAAAUUCUCUCGACAUGGUCAUUUAAAGGACCACAAAAGAACUCAUACGGGUGAGAAGCCUUUUUCAUGUCAGUCAUGUGGAAAGAGUUUCUGUCAAAUUAGUAUUUUAAAUCGUCACAAGACGAUUCAUACAGGUGAGAAGCCUUUUUCAUGCCAGUCAUGUGGAAAAAGUUUCUGUCAAAUGAGUAUUUUAAAUCGUCACAAGACGAUUCAUACAAGUGUGAAGCCUUUUCCUUGUCAAACAUGUGGGAGAAGAUUCAGUCGAAGGGAUAAUUUGAACAGUCACAUGAAAACUCAUACAGGCCGGGGACUGCGUUGAAGCCAGACUUGUGAAAAAAUUUGAAAUGUAUUACUUAUUCUCUUUAGAACCCACAUGGGUGAAAUGUGUUUUUCACAUAAAAUAUGGUGGGGAAAGUGUUCUUUUAUUACUGUGAACUGAAUUUUCACAUAACACAAAAUUGACAAUUGGGCAUUUAACUCGCACAGAUUCACUGUAAUAAAUAUUAAACAAUGUCUUGGAUUGCUUUCACUUUGCAAAACACUCAUCCAUGCGUUCAUCUUCAGUCGUAUUGAUUAUUGCAACAGCGUCUUCACAGGUCUGUCCAACAAAU